UCAGCGACCGGGAGGCUGCGCAGUCGGAAGCGGCGCGCGCGCAGAGCACACGCGCGGAUCGCGGCACAGAUUGUUUCGUGACUUUUGUGACGUCAGUGACAAGUUUAAACACACACCAUGAUUCGACACAUAACUUUAGUUGCAAUAAUAUUGCAACUCACGGACUUGAGCCUCGUACACACAGCUCAACAGCAACUCCAACUCUCCGACUCGUACCUACCAGUGGCGAUGCAAGUCAUAGCCCACCUCACCGACCAGAUGGCCUACGAAGUGUCCGACGACCCCGCGCCUACCACGCGGCCCAUGAACAAACCCGCUAAGCCGACAGUAAGGCCGACAGUGAAGCCGACACCAAGGCCGACAGUGAAGCCGGUGACGAACAAACCGUACGUCUGGUCGUGGUCUCCUUCGAGCUUCCACAAGACUCCUAACGGGUGGAGGAUGGUAUACGGAGUGAGGUUAGAUCAGACCACUCCCCACCACAAACCAGGUCUCUACUCCCCCAACGCCCCUCCAAAGGCCAACGAGCGUUCAGACUCCAAAUUCGUUCUCCUUCCCAUGGAAAACAACUCUGAAUACACAGUCAUCCAGCCAGAAGACCGAAAGACUGGAGAACCUCUCCUCUCCAUCCACGAGGAAGAAGUUAAACCCCUCAUGGAGCCAAGUCGAGUUGAUGCCCCAUUACUGCCGCCCCAUUUCGAAGCCGACAAGAUUUCUCGUUCUGAUAUCCUGGAUAUUGAUGAAGAAUUAGACGAUGAUAGCUUGCAGUACCUAUCACAUGAUGUGAGAGAGAUGAUUAAGUUGGCUAAUGACCCUGCUGAUGAGAAGCUGGUGGAUGUUUGGGAGGGCGUAAGGGCUGGGCCUCAGAUGGCGCAAAAGAUGAAGCUGUCCUCUUCGAAUCUGAGGCUGCUGCUGCUGUAUGACCUGCUGAGCAGGGAGGCGAAGAGGCAGCGUCUUUCGGAUUAUACUGGCUUCUCCCCCACCGUGAUGAAGACCCUGGUAGACUCGUCCAGCGGCGGCGCCCGCGCACAACUCCGUCUCGCUCUCUCCAAGAUGGUGGACCGGCGCGACUGCGAGCACGAGUACGCAAACAACCGUGCGAAAGAGAUGGUCGACGAGCUGGCCAAGGAUGAGUCCAAGUUAUCUGCUGAGCUCAGAUAUUUGCAGCCUUUGGUUUAUGCUUAUUAAAAGAUCGAAAUAGUUGUAGUUUAUCAAGUAACGUUCAAAAGCUAUUUCUUACAGUUUCUUAAAUUAUGGCCAACGAUAAUAGUAAUUAUAACAGGUUUAUCCAGCAAUACCCAAAAGCAUAUCACUCUUCUGGAAAACACAGAAUCUUAUAACUCUCGCUUCUAAAAUAAGAUCUAAAAAAUGUAAUGAUCGAUAAUCGAUUUGUACUCCAUAAGUCCUUAAAAAUACGAGUAAACUAUUUUGUAACUAAAUUAGGGACUAUGAGAAACGAUCGCGAAAUCGAAUCUUUAACUAAUCUUACUUCACAAUUUCAAGACAAGUUUAAAUCUAGCAUGUCAUUUUAUCGAUUUGGGACGAUGUCACGAUACAAUUAUAUCGUAUCAUCUAAACUGGUAAAACUAUUACCUAAACCGUAUCUGUAUCAAUUUCUAUGUAUUUAUUAUAGCCAUCUUUAAAGAAAAGAAAAAGAGCAUUUAUUAAGUUUAUUAUUUACACGCCCUUUUCUGUAUUUUUUGUAACGUCUAUAAUUUCUGAGAUAUUACUAAAAUAUCAUGUACAAGUCAGCAACUAAGGACAACGGAUAGUUUUUAAGUUAAAUUGUAUAGUAACUAGCAAUUAAUUAUAUUAAUAAUAAUAUUAAUCUCAAAGUGCAUUUGAUAAAGACUUCAGUUUAGUAUUAAAGUGAUAUUCAUCUUAUUUAAUAUUGUAUAAACCGAAUUAUGUAUUCUAUACUUUAUGAUACUUAAGUUUUAUUAAAAUCAGUAUUUGUAAGUGCGUUUUUAAAUUAUUUCCAUUAUCAAGCCUUUUUUAAUAACUAGUUUUAGUAGGAUCUUUCACACUAUGUCAACUUGAAAUUGUGAACUCCGUCAGUUUAUAAUAUAACGCGUAAGAUUGUAAACAAUAGUGAGUUGAGUUGAGCCCCACAGGGUAGCAGGUAUCCUGUCCCCGCAGGGUAGGUAUGCCAUUUCAUGCAUUCUUUCCCCGACAAAAAGAACGUUAGAUUGUAAUCUA